GCGAAGGCAGCUGAAAGCUGUACCAGGAGAUCGUACCAGGGCUUGCAAUUCAAUCGUCUUUCUACGGAAAGACUUGAAUACCUGAAUGCUUGCUCACCUCACCAAAACAGUAGGUUUAACGAAUACCCACUCCCUAUUUACUGCAUCCCAAUUAUCUUGCCAUCUAACAGUCCAAGAUUAUACGAGCACUCACUCGGCUUUUAGGGAAUCACUGGAGGUGAAGCCAAAUGGGAUUUAAUUUUUUUUCUCGUGAUUUAUCUUCACUCGCAAGCCAUGGAAUGGAACGAGCCCUCCGGUAAAGUAGCGCUUUGCAAAAGGUUGCUGUGCUCCAGUCUGUGGAUGUAUGAUCUUUGAUUUAUUUUUUUUUUGAUUAAGGCAAUAUUUUGGUGACAUGGAGCACAUGGAUUGUAAACCAUACCAGCCACUAUCUGCACCACGACAUGAAAUGGAACAAAGCUACACUAGCUCUUCUGAUGAGAGUGAGGAUGGACAAAAUCUGCACAAGUCCUACACUUCGAGGGAAACGCUGCCCGAUUAUGAACCAGAACUGAGACUCAGCUUCCGCAGCCAUAAUAAGAAGCAGACGACUCCUACAGGGCCAGCACAAGGACUCGGAUUCUGUGUAUCACCCCAGCUGAUGCACCUCAACUUUGACAUAGGACUUCAGCUGGCUUCCCAGCAAGACUACCCCUUGGGAAUUGGCUCUGACGUUGAUACUGAAACAGAAGCGGGUCCUUCACCUGACCAUGCCUUGCACCUCUGGAUGCGGGAGAUCAAAUCAGAACACAGCUCCUGUCUGUCAAGCCGGGCCAACUCAGUACUGUCUCUGACUGACACAGAACAGGAGAGGAAGUCCGAUGGAGAGAACGACCUGCCCGAUAGCCCACCAGGCCAGUUCUCAUUCCGGCCCCUACCGCCACCGCCCCCACCUCCGAAUGCUUGUACAUGUGCCCUGCCGACCCCCCAUGCCCUCACCGAGUCCUUGCAGAGGAAUGCCCGUGGACAGAAUGCAGAUUCAGCCAGUGCACAGGUGGACGGCAACAGCUGGGCUCUCAACAGCAAUAUCCCCUUGGAGACCAGGCAUUUUCUGUUCAAACAUGGUUCUGGAUCCUCUACCCUCUUCAGAGCACGAAGCCAUAAUUACCCCCUCACAUCAAGUACUGUCUACUCCCCCCCCCCACGGCCGUUACCCAGAAGAACCUUCUCCCGGCCAGCCUUCUCCUUCCACAAGUCCUACAAGUGCUGCAACUGGAAAUGCGCUGCUCUGAGUGCCACAGCCAUCACCAUAACUCUUGCAGUUUUGCUCAUCUAUGUUAUUGCAGUGCAUCUCUUUGGCCUAACCUUGCGCCUCCAGCCUACGGAUAGGCAGCUGUAUGAGAAUGGGAUUAGUAAAGUGGCCAAGAGCCCUGAAACCAGGGAUAACAACUUUUCUCAAGAUGAGGAGCCUCUUUCCAACAAGACCAUUAAAGAGAAAGAUGUUUAUCUCAGAGAGAAAGUAAUGGACAGAGGUGAAGUGGCAAUUGGCACCCAAGUUACGCAAACUGUACUUCCUGGCCUCUUCUGGAGGUUCCAUAUCAUCAUACACCACCCUGAGUAUGUGAAGUUCAACAUCUCCAUGACGCGAGAUGCCCUGCUUGGAAUCUAUGGUAGAAGGAACGUACCCCCAACACACACGCAGUUCGAUUUUGUCAAGCUGUUGGAUGGCAAGCACCUUAUUAAACAAGAGGCCACACAGGAUUCAAGUACCACUCCCAGGAAUCUGAUUCUUACCACAACGCAGGAGACUGGUUUUAUUGAGUACUUGGAUCCAGGGACCUGGUACAUAGCUGUUUACAAUGAUGGAAAGAAGACUGAACAAGUUUUUGUCCUCAGCACUGCCAUUGAAACCAUGGAUGGCUGCUCUACAAACUGCAAUGGGAACGGGGAGUGUGUUUCAGGUCAUUGCCACUGUUUUCCUGGAUUUCUUGGUCCUGACUGUGGAAAAGAUGCUUGCCCAGUGUUAUGCAGUGGGAACGGGGACUACCAAAGAGGCCACUGCAUGUGUCACCAGGGCUGGAAAGGACCUGAAUGCGACAUCCAGGACGACCAGUGUCUGGACCCAACCUGCUCCAAUCAUGGCACCUGCAUCCAAGGCAUAUGUGUGUGCAUUCCGGCAUACAAGGGAAACAGCUGUGAGCAAGUUGACUGCCUCGACCCCCAGUGUGCUGGACAUGGUGUUUGUGUGAAGGGGGAGUGCUUGUGCUCACCUGGCUGGGGAGGGGCUGGCUGCGGAAGCCCCCAGCCAGAUUGUCAGGAGCAGUGCUCAGGACAUGGAACCUACAUGGCUGAUGCUGGCACUUGCACCUGUGAUCCCAGCUGGACGGGUACAGAUUGCUCCACAGAGCUUUGUCCUUUGUCGUGCGGAAAUCGCGGAGUGUGCGCAGAAGGUCGCUGUCGGUGUGAGGAAGGCUGGGAAGGCCUGGGGUGUGAGCAGCAGAUCUGUCACCCUCAGUGUGAGGAACACGGCCAGUGUAGAGAUGGGAGGUGUGAGUGCCACCCGGGCUGGGAAGGAGAGCAUUGCAACACUGCAAACUAUGUGGAUCUGGUUCUUAAAGAUGGAUGCCCAGGUUUGUGCAAUGGCAAUGGGAGGUGCACGAUGGAGCACAAUGAGUGGCACUGUAUUUGCCAAGCCGGCUGGAGUGGCUCAGCGUGCAGUGUCACUAUGGAGAUGGAAUGCAGUGACAGCACUGACAAUGAUGGAGACGGGCUGACAGACUGUGUGGACCCAGACUGCUGCCAACAGGACAACUGCCAGACCAGCCCAUUGUGUGAAGGCUCUCCGGAUCCCAUGGACAUUAUACAGCAGAGCCCCCAGCCACUUGGGUCAUCUUUCCCACGCCUCUUCUUUGACCGCAUCCGCUUCCUAAUUGGCAAGAGCAGCACCCAUGUGUUCCCUGCUGAUGUUCCAUUUGACAGCAGUCGUGCAGCUGUGAUCCGAGGCCGGGUGGUUUUAGGGGAUGAGACCCCAUUGAUGGGGGUCAACAUCAGUUUCCUGCAUCAUGCUGAAUAUGGCUUCACUGUUAGUCGCCAGGAUGGCAGCUUUGAUCUGGUCGCUGCUGGCGGGAUCUCCAUGACACUGGUCUUCCAACGUACGCCAUUUCUUACUAAGAGGCUCCCUGUUUGGUUGCCAUGGAACCAGUUUGUGGUCCUGGACAAAGUCGUCAUGGAUAAAGUAGAACCUCAAGCCUCUACUUGUAACGUCAAGAAUUUUGUGAUCCCCUACCCCAUUGUUCUACCCCCACCACUAACUCAGUUUGCAAGUACCUGUAGGGAAAGAGGACCAGUAGUCCCAGAACUGCAGGCUGUACAGGAAGAGAUCAACAUCCCUGGUAGCUACAUGAAGCUGAACUACCUGAGCACACGUUCCCCAGGAUACAAGUCGCUCCUGCGUGUCCUUCUCACUCAAUCUGUCAUCCCUACCGGCCUGGUUAAAGUACAUCUGACGGCAGCUGUUGAGGGGCGUGUCUUCCAGAAGUGGUUUCCAGCCGCUCCCAGCUUGGUCUAUGUCCUGGCCUGGAAUAAGACUGACAUUUAUGGGCAGAAGGUCUAUGGCUUGGCUGAAGUAAUAGUGACUGUCGGCUAUGAGUACGAGUCGUGUCCUGAUUUCGUUGUCACGGAAAAGAGGACGACAUUGGUGCAAGGCUUUGAGAUGGUUCCUUCCAACUUAGGUGGCUGGUCACUGGAUAAGCAUCACACUCUCAACUUGCAAAGCGGUAUUUUGCAUAAAGGAAAUGGGGAGAAUAUCUUCAUAUCUCAGCAGCCUCCGGUCAUCAGCACAAUUAUGGGGAAUGGGCAAGUGCGGGCCAUCUCCUGUGCCAGCUGCAAUGGGCCACCAUUGAACAACAAACUCUUUGCCCCAGUUGCCAUUGCUUGUGGUGCUGAUGGAAGCAUUUAUGUUGGAGACUUCAACUUUGUAAGGCGGAUUCUCCCAAAUGGAUAUGCUCUUAGCAUUUUAGAACUCAGAAACCGAGAUGUAAGGCACAGCACUAGCCCUGCCCACAAGUACUAUCUGGCUAUGGAUCCACUAAGGGAGACCCUGUAUCUGUCAGAUACCAGCAGCAGAAAGGUCUACAGGCUGAAAACCCUCACUGAACCCAAGGAUCUCUCCAGAAAUGUAGAGGUUGUGGCAGGAACUGGGGAACAGUGCACUCCUUAUGUUCACAGUUACUGUGGAGAUGGAGGAAAGGGUUCAGAAGCUUCACUCACAAACCCCAGAGGAAUUGCUGUAGACAAGCAAGGACUUGUCUAUUUUGUUGAUGGAACCAUGAUUAGAAAAAUUACUGAGAAAGGCGUGAUUACAACUGUCAUUGGCUCCAAUGGCUUAACGUCUAUUCAACCGUUGAGCUGUGAUGCAAGAAUGGACAUCACCCAGGUACGCCUGGAAUGGCCUACAGAUUUGGCUGUCAACCCCUUGGACAAUUCUCUUUACAUUCUGGAUAAUAAUAUUGUUAUCCAGGUGUCAGAGAGUAACCAAGUGAGGAUCAUAGCAGGACGUCCUAUUCACUGUCAAGUUCCAGGGAUUAAUCACUACCUACUGAGCAAGGCUGCCAUUCACUCGACCCUAGAGGCAGCCAAGGCCAUUGCAGUGUCCAGUCAGGGCAUACUUUUCAUUGCUGAGACAGAUGAACGAAAGAUCAACCGUAUCCAGCAGGUUACAACCAAUGGUGAGAUCUCUGUUAUUGCUGGAGUAACAACUGACUGUGACUGCAAGAUAGAUCCCAACUGCGAUUGCUAUUCAGGGGAUGGCGGCUAUGCCAGAGACGGAAAGCUGAAGGCACCAUCAUCCUUAGCGGUGUCACCUGAUGGUACUCUAUACAUAGCAGAUCUGGGCAAUGUCCGCAUCCGUGCCAUUAGCAAGAACAGGCCGCAGCCCAACUCCGAGGGCGUGUACGAGAUCGCCUCACCCGCGGUGCAGGAACUCUACCUCUUCAGUGCUAACGGCACUCACCUCCACACCCGCAGCCUCAUCACCGGGGACUACAUUUACAAUUUCACAUAUUUAGCGGACGGGAGUGUGAGCACGAUUGUCAGCAGCAAUGAAAACUCGAUCCACAUUCGCCGGGACACCAAUGGCGGCCCCCUCUGGCUGUUGGUGCCUGGUGGCCUGGUGUACUGGCUCUCCAUCAGUAACAGCGGCACCCUCAAGAGGGUUUCUGCUCUGGCUCAUGAUCUUGCCCAGAUCACCUACCAUGGCAACACAGGUCUCCUAGCAACGAAGAGCAAUGAAAAUGGCUGGACUACAGUUUUUGAGUACAACCCUGAGGGUCACCUCAUCAACAUGACCUUUCCCACAGGAGAAGUCAGCAGUUUGACUGGAAACAUGGAGAAGUCCGUAAAGGUAGAGGCAGACACAUCACAGGGGGAGAACUUCAUCAUCACCACUAACUAUUCAGCGACCAGCACAAUCUACACUUUACGACAAGACCAUGUUCAAAACACUUACCUGGUCAGUGCCGAUGGCUCCCUGAGCAUCACCUUCGCCAGUGGGAUGGAGGUGACCCUCGGUACAGAGCCACAGAUUUCAGCAGGGACUGUGAACCCUGCCAUGGGCCGGUGUAACGUAACACUGCCCGGGGAGCACAAAGCCAGCUUGAUCGAAUGGAGGCAGAGGAAGGAGCAAGCCAAGGGGAACUCUACAGCCUACGAGCGCAGGCUGAGGGCUCAUAACCGAAAUCUGCUGUCCAUCGACUUUGAUCGUACCACCAGAUUGGGCAAGAUCUACGAUGAUCAUCGUAAAUUCACUCUCAGGAUCCUCUAUGAUCAAAGGGGCCGUCCCAUUGUAUGGUCACCUAGUAGCAAAUAUAAUGAGGUCCAUGUAACAUAUUCACUGGAAGGACUUGUGACCAGCAUUCACAGGGGAAACUGGACGGAGAGGCGUGAAUAUGAGCACGGCAGACUGAUCGCCCGGACAUGGUCUAGUGGAAAAACAUGGAAUUACUCAUUUCUUGAUAAGUCAGUCACACUGCUGUUGCACAGCCAGCGGAGGUACGUCUUCGAGUUUGACCAGAUGGAUCAUCUUCUCUCUGUCACUAUGCCCAGCAUGGUGCGUCACGGCCUGCAGUCCAUGCUGUCAGUAGGAUACUACAGGAACAUCUACAGUCCCCCAGACAGCAACUCUGCUAUAAUCCAGGAUUAUACCCAUGAUGGGCUGCUGCUCAGGACACUCUAUCUGGGCUCAGGACGUCGCAUUCUGUACAAGUAUACCAAGCAGUCCCGUCUGUCAGAAGUCUUGUAUGACACUGUCCUGGUGACCCUAACGUACGAUGAGACCUCUGGCAUGGUCAAGACCAUCCACCUCAUGCAUGAUGGCUUCACCUGCACCAUCAGAUACAGGCAAACAGGUCCCCUUGUUGGGCGUCAAAUCUUCAGAUUCAGUGAAGAAGGACUUGUAAAUGCCAGAUUUGACUACAGCUAUAAUAACUUCAGAGUCACCAGCAUGCAGGCUAUGAUCAAUGAGACUCCACUUCCUAUUGACCUAUAUCGCUAUAUAGAUGUUUCUGGCCACAUUGAACAAUUUGGUAAAUUUAGUGUCAUCAAUUAUGACCUCAACCAGGUCAUAACCACCCAUGUUAUGAAGCACACUAAAAUAUUUAAUGCUAAUGGGCAGGUCAUUGAGGUCCAAUAUGAAAUAUUAAAAUCUAUUGUUUAUUGGAUGACCAUGCAGUAUGACAGCAUGGGGUGUCUCAUUGUAUCUGACAUCAGAAUUGGUGCGGAUAGCAAUAUUACGAGAUACUCUUAUGAAUAUGACGUUGAUGGUCAGCUCCAGACAGUAACUGUGAAUGACAGACCACAGUGGCGGUACAGUUAUGACCUAAAUGGUAAUAUCAACUUACUGAGUCACGGAAACACUGCCAGGCAUACCUUACUGCGCUACGACUUACGAGAUCGGAUUACAAGGCUUGGGGAUAUACAAUAUAAAAUGGAUGAGGAUGGGUUUCUUCGUCAGCGUGGCAAUAUUGUAUUUGAUUAUAACUCCAAUGGACUUCUUGCAAGAGCCUAUGACAGAAUUCGUGACUGGACUGUGCAUUACCGCUAUGAUGGUCUGGGCAGGCGUGUAGCCAGCAGGAGAAAUACAGGACAACAUCUUCAGUUUUUUUACGCGGAUCUUAGCAAGCCAACGAGGAUCACUCAUAUGUACAACCACACCAGCUCAGAAAUCACAUCCCUUUAUUACGAUCUGCAGGGUCAUUUAAUAGCUAUGGAGCUCAGCAGUGGAGAGGAAUACUAUGUUGCGUGUGACAAUUCUGGGACUCCUCUAGCAAUUUUUAACAACCAUGGGCAAAUAGUUAAGGAAAUUCUGUACACUCCUUAUGGCGAUAUAUAUCAUGACUCCAAUCCAUCUUUUCAACUGGUCAUUAGUUUCCACAGUGGGCUGUAUGAUCCUCUCACGAAACUGGUACGCCUUGGGAGAAGGGACUAUGAUGUGGUUGCGGGCCGAUGGACCACCCCAAACUACAAUUUGUGGAGUGAGCUUAGCACUAACCCAAAGCCAUUCAACCUCUAUAAUUUUCAAAACAAUUAUCCAUUUGCGCAUAUUCCGGAUGUCAGUCAAUUCACGACAGGUAUAGGCAGCUGGUUGGAUCUGUUUGGCUUUCAGCUACACAAUGUUGUGCCUGGUUUUCCUAAACCAGAUGUGCAGAGCACAGAGCAAACCUAUGAGCUCAUGAAGACCCAAACCAAAACGCAGGAUUGGGACCCCAGCAAGGCAGUGCUGGGUAUUCAGUGCGAGCUACAGAAACAACUGAGAAGCUUCAUUUCUCUGGAGCGACUACCUAUGACCUAUAGCCAUAGCCUGCUUGAGGGAUGCCAGGGAAGUAGGCCUUGUUUCUCUGCCUUGUCAUCCAUGUUUGGGAAAGGUGUAAAGUUUGCUAUUAAGAAUGAUAUUGUCACCACAGACAUUAUUGGAGUGGCCAGUGAGGACAGUCGGCGCAUUGCUGCCAUUCUCAACAAUGCCGUCCAUCUGGCUGGCAUGCAUUUCACAGUUGAGGGCUGUGAUACUCAUUAUUUCGUCAAAUCUGGCCCCCUGGAGGGUGACCUGGCAGUAAUGGCUAAUGGGGGUGGUGCCAGAAUCCUCGAGAAUGGCGUCAAUGUCACCGUUUCCCAGAUGACUUCCGUGGUGGCUGACAGAACCAGGCGUUUUGCCGAGAUCAGGGUGCAGCACGGCGCCCUGUGCUUCAACAUCCGCUACGGGGCCACGGUGGAGGAGGAGAAAGCCCACGUGCUGGAGAUGGCCCACCAGCGAGCCGAGAGGAUGGCAUGGGCACAAGAGCAGAAGAGGGUGCAGGAGGGUGAGGAGGGAAGCAGGGCCUGGACUGAAGGAGAGCGGCAGCAGCUGAUAACAUCUGGCCGGGUUCCAGGCUACGAGGCCGACUUUGUGCUGUCAGUGGAGCAGUACCUGGAACUUGCUGACAGCGCUGCCAAUGUUCACUUUAUCAAACAAAUGGAAAUAGGGAGGUAACAGUGGCGAAAUGUCACGUUGUCUCCUUUUCACCAAAGUCAGCCUGUUUUUAGACAAUUUUGUUCAUUUGUUGUGCUGUUUUUUUUACUUUUUUUUCUAGGAUGAUGCCUAAACUCAGACGUGCUGCUUACGUUGUGUUCAGCUGUCUUCAGUUGUCACAAGUGAUGAUUUUUGUUCUUUUGACAGUUUCUUUUUAGUAUCGUUAGUAUGUGGAUAUUAGUAUAUGGAACUGGACGAAGAUAUUAUUGUUCAUAUAUAUGAUUUUUAGGCAUACAAUUUGGUUAUGAGUUAACACUUUAAAUGCUACAUUUUUACAGAGGCCUAUUAAAAGGCUAAUGUUAAGCCUGAAAUCCUGUAUGAUUUUCACACCUCCAAUGUGUAUUAUUUUAUAAUGAUAACAUAUAUCUUAAAAAUCCUGUAAAUAAUAAGAGCAAGUGUUAAAAAUGAUAAUGUGUUAACUGUCAAUAUAUCAAUAGAUGGCGUGAAUUUAACGCAUGUAAAACAUAAUGGAGAAAAUCUGUGUAAAGUUUAUGUUGGUACAAUUAAUAUAGUAGAUUGAACUUACCUGUUAAUUAUUGGAAAUUAUGCAUAUUAUUUGUGGAGCUUGUGCUAUUUUGAUUUUGAAUAUUUUGAAUAUUUUUGAGGUAUGGUGAAAACAAAAAAUGUUGUUCCAUACCAAGCAGACUUUCUUAUUUCAAUACAAAUUAUAAAUUUAAACAGAAAACAAGUUGGGCAAAGUUUUAAGGCUGUUUUGUUUCUCUUCUAUAUUUGGCAGUGUCUUGGGUUUUCCAAUUUUAUGUGUAAUGUUCCAGGAUUUACUGUUUUAACUAUUGGACUGAUCAUUUUUACAGGUUUGGAACCUAGCUUUUUUAUUAAGAUUACUAGAAGAAAACAAAAAAUCAUCAUUAAAUGUUUGGAACAACUAAACACAAAAGCUGUGAACAUUGUUGUCAGCAUGUGCAAUGAUGAAAACUGUAAAGAUGCACUUUACAAUUAAGGUGAAAUGUGUACCUUAAACUGUACAGGUGUGAUGUGUUGAGUAUCUAUCGGACAACUCUUAAACCCAUGAUCCUGAUCAUCAUUACCUUCUAAAUACAUUACAAACAACUGACAGGAGAGAUGACAGGCUGUCUGUUUCUGUCUUAUGAACUUGUCAGACCUUUUAUAUUAUACACAAAACUUUGAUUUGUAAAAAUUGUAAAUUCUAAAAUGUAAACUAACAAUGCAUUGAAGUACAAAGCUGUGAUUUAUAGAAAUGACAACUUUGAUGGAAGCACAGAUUCAGGAUAUUUUUUGUAUCAUUCAUUCAUUUUUGUCAAUGGUGAUUCAUCUUGUAUAUAAACUGUAUGUUUUCAAAUCCAUAUCCAUAUUUAAGGAUUUACAGCUUAUUAAUUGGUUUGUUCAUAGAAUCAAUUUGCAGAACAAUUGAGGAGGAAAACCUGUGACUGGACAGCAAAACAUUUCAAUUUAGCUAGAUUUAGCUAGUGCCCUUCAACCGUAAGAGUGAAAAAGAACUUACCUAUCCAUUCAUCCAUAAUCAGAGGAUUAGUUAUUUAUAUAUUUCACGAAAUGAAAAAGCAUGCUAUAUCGAGACAUAUGAAACACCAACAUUUAAUUAAGACAUUGAGCAUAAAAAUUGCUGGAUUUUAAUGAAUACAUUUUAAGCCUCUUUGUAAACAUAGUUUUGGGACAUUCAUUUGAAAUAAAGUUUCCGAUUUCAACACUGCAUUACCUGACAGGUCAUCAGCUACAGCAUAUAUUUAUACCUUCGUUGGUUUCAGCUGAUGAUGGGGGGGGGGGGAAUCCUUUUUAAGGCCCCUUUUUUGCAAGGCCCCUGGGCUGCUACUCAGGUAAGCUCAUGCAUUAACAUGCCUCUAUUAAAUCACACGAAUUAGCAGGAUUGUUCCUCAAUUAAUACAUUCCAGCAAAAAAACUAUUAAAUUUUUUAUACUUGCUGUCAUUCUCAGGGUUCCUAAAAACACCAGUUCAUUUACUAUUGCACUGUACACUGCUAAAUAUCACUGUUACAAGCAUGCCACGUGUUAGAUAUUACUAUUCAUCAACAGUAAGAAGCAAAUCUUGAGAUCUUGUUUGUUUUUUGUUUUGUUGGUUCAUUCAUUCAAAAACAACUGUCUUGCCAAUUAUUCAAAAGUUGUUUUAUCAUCAUAUAAUAUUGUUGUACUAUAAAUAAUUGAUCUUGCUUGACAGGAGUUUCCUACUUUGUGCUAGACAUAACUGUUUUAUAUAAUACCUCUACUUGUACACUUGUAAAUAGAGAAAAAAAAACAUUUUGAUGUAUUGAUUGAUGAAAGAUAUAAGAAAAGGUGAUUUUAAGGCUUGGUUUUUUAAAUAAAUAUAUGGAAAUUCACAUUGUAUUUUUCAGUGUAAAAUUAUUCAUUCAUUUUCUCUUUGAACUAACAGAAACAUAAAAAUUACUUUUGAAAACUGACAGAUAUACAGGACAUAAAUAGGUUGUGUAUUUUAUUUUCUAAUUUUAAAAUCAGAAUGUUGACUAAAAUAAUACAUUCGUAGAUGAUGCUGGUGAUGGACAGCCAUGAAUCUGUAUAUUAUGUAUGUUCAAUAAACAGAAGUUUGAAA